AUGGAUCAAAAAGAAGGAGCAAAACAUCCUACUCCGGUUGACACCUUGCCGAUACUGGAUCAACCUGCAGAGUCGCUGGAAAUGCGGACGAAGCAAGAUGAACGUCUACAAGACACCAAUGUAGCCAACAAGGAGGAUCAGAACACUGAGAAGAAGGGAGCGGUCGCAGUGACGGGAGCAGCGAUAGAGACAGGAAGAGCGUCAGAGACAGGAGAAGAGACAGGAACGGGAGGAGCGGAGGAGACGGGAGGGGCGGCGGAGAUGGGACCAGAGGCGGAGACGGGAGCAGGGGCGGAGACGGGGGGCGCUGCUGCAGAGAUGGCAGCAGCGGCACAUAAGAUAGAGGCGGAGGAGAUUGGAGGUGCGGAGGAGACGAGAGGGGAGGGAGAAACGGGAGGGGCGGCAGAAAUGGGAGGGGCGGAGGCGACGGGAGGAGAGGGAGAAACGGGAGGGGCGGCAGAGACGGGAAGGGCGGCAGAGAUAGUAGCAGCGGUACACAAUGGAGGGGCGACGGGGACGGGAGCAGGGGCGGAGACGGAGACGGGAGGGGCAGAGGAGAUUGGAGUGGCGGCGGAGACGGAAGGGGCGGCGGAGAUGGGACCAGCGGCACACGAGAGAGGGGGGGCGGCAGAGACGGGAGGAGCUGCGGAGACGGGAGGGGCGGCAGAGACGGGAGCAGGGGAGGAGACGGGAGGGUCGGCAGAGAUGGCAGCAGCGGCACAUAAGAGAGAGGCGGAGGAGAUUGGACGGGCGGCAGAGACGGGAGGGGAGGGAGAAACGGGAGGGGCGGCGGAGACGGGAGCAGGGGCGAAGACGGAGACGGGAGGGGUAGAGGAGAUUGGAGGGGCGGCGGCGGAGACGGGAGGAGCGGCGGAGACGGGAGGAGCUGCAGAGAUGGCAGCAGCGGCACAGAAGAGAGGGGCGGCGGAGACGGGAGGAGCUGCGGAUACGGGAGGAGAGGCACACGAGGGAGGGGCAGAGGAGAUUGGAGGGGCGGCGGAGACGGGAGCUGCAGAUGUUGGUGAGGAUCAGUUCGCAAAGGGGGCUGAAAUGUUGGUUCCAACGAUGCAAGCACGUGUUGAAUCAGAAGGCAGUCAAGGGACCAACGGCAAUGAGGAAGAGCAACAGGUGACUGAUGAUGUUGCAGCUCAAUGCUUUCCUAUGUCGAGCCAUCAGCCCUCGAGUGAAGUUGCGGGAGUCUCAGAGCAGAACUUUUCAGCGGAAACAGACCAUAUCGACGUUCAGCCGCCCCAGCACUCUCGAGAGUCAGCUCAAGGGGAGAGGACCAGCGGUGAGAAUGAUGCGGCCCGGCAAGGAGCUGAAGACGAGGAUGGGCUGGACAUCUUGGGUGCUCGCUCGGUAUCUAAGAAGCUGAGCAGCUCCCGGGCAGAGAAGAGCAGCGGCGGUCAAGGCGCAACAGCAAGCGUUGAGGAUGAGUUGCUCUCGAGCAAGAGGCGAGCGAUCUCAGAGGCCAAGGAGCUUCUUGCCUACGGGGCGCGCGUCAUGGAGAAGGUUUCUGUGCUGGGCUCUGGCCAUCCUCAGAGCAGCGUCCUAGUCCUCUCCUUCGCAAGGGCUUGCAAUGUUGCCGCCAGGAGCUGCAUGAAGGAAGGAGCUUUGAGGAUCGCGGACCAACUGCUCAUGUCCAUUUUCCAAGAGAGCCAACAAACUCUGGCUGAGACGUACAACAACAUCGGAUGUCUUCUGAACAGCAAAGGAGACAUGCAAGGAAGCCUCAAGUACUUGCGGCAGGCGGCAGGCAUUGAGAUCAACAUGGACUACGAGCCGAGCCAUGCAGCAACAGUCAUCAACAUCUGCACCACCCUGUCGAGCCUGCAGCAGCAUGAGGAGGCGCUGGCGUUUGCCAAGGAGGCCGUAGACAUGCUCUGUCACGACGAGGAUUGGGAGAACGAGGUCUCCGCCCCUGACUCCUUGGCGGGAGAUCUUAUCCCCGUCGCCUUCAACAACCUCGGCCUCGAGUUUGAGUACGCAGGAGAGCAGGAAGCAGCCAUGCAGGCCUACGACCAUGCUGUCCUCCUCGCCGUCAGGAGAUGGGGGCCUGAAGACCCGCGGACCUCGCAGAUUCAACAGUCUGCGUGGGACGCGAAGCACGGAGUGAAGUUGGGACGAAGUUUAGUGAUGCAGAAACCGCCGAAACCGCCCAAGACAGUGAGCGAGCUGAGAAAGAUCAUACCCAAGAAGCGACUCCCUCUUCUGCGUGAGAGCACUCGACUGGCCCCGGGCAUCUCCCGCUACCUCGAGACUACUUCUCCGGUGUACCGGCCGGUCGAGUUUGCCCCCGGCUUCCAUUCUCCCAGGUUCUGGGCGAUGAAAGACGGGAUGGUUCCCCGAAGGCAGAGCCCCUUCUCCAAGGACGCGCGGCAGAUCUUCUUAGAGAUGUCAAGGAAAUCAGGAGCCAAUCAGUUCCCUUCCUUCGUGCAGAAGACCAGCUGGGGAGAACAUCGGUUGAAUUGGGAGGACAUACCAGUUGCGGACCUCUCCAGGCUCGACGGGUCUGUCAUGAGCCGCUCGCGUCUCUUCUCGAACACGCUGUCCAAUGACAGCCUUGCGGCGUACUCGAGACUGCAGGAAAGUCGUCGGGCGAGAGACUCUAAAUUCCGCGCCACCUCCACUACUUUCCAGAGAGGGCAGCUGCUGCGUACACAGUUGAUGGAGAGAACAGCGAUGAGGUCAUCGUCAUCAAGCAUCUUGCCGUCUCUCCGUUCCCCGUGAUGCACCCUAGAUCGUUGAGAGCCUUUUGUGCGGCAAGUCUUACCUGUUGUAUAUCAAUUGACCAAGCGAACCAGCACUCUGUAAAUACAAACUACCUGGUAAUUGUC